AUGGCCGCGCUGGGGCUCGUCCUUCAUGUGGGGCUCCUGGCCUGGUGUGUGUUCGGGGUCUGGCAGAAUGUGGUCAUCACCGGCUUGGCGCAGGGACACGGGGCCCAUACGUACGGGGGGCGGUGGAAGUACCUGACCUUCAUUAACCAGGUUCUUCAGGCGGUGUUCUUUGGCAUCUGUGUUUCAUGUGACCUUGUCCAGCUGUGCUUCUCCAUUAGGAAUCCAUUAUGCUCCUUCCUGACUCGGUUAAAAGACUAUGCCUUCACUGUGUUGGUGUUCCCAGUUGGUGUGUUUGUAGUCACUUCAUUCUGGAGUAUUUAUGCGUAUGAUCGGGAACUUGUGUAUCCAAAGGUAUUGGACAGCGUCAUUCCAGUAUGGCUGAAUCACACAAUGCACACCGUUAUCCUUCCUCUGGUGCUCAUUGAGGUAUUUGCCUAUUCUCACCAGUAUCCUGGCAGGAAAAGCGGACUUGCUUUGCUGGCUGUGUUCUGCUUAGCGUACUUAUCAUGGAUCCUCUGGGUGCAUUAUGCAGCUGAUAUCUGGGUGUAUCCCAUCCUUGCUAAGCUGGACCCUGUUGGAAUGACAGUGUUCUUUGCGGCAAGUUUUCUCAUCGUGGUACCCUUCUACUAUCUGGGAGAGUUCUUGACUCAUUGGCGUUGGGGAUCUGGUCGCCCAUCUAAGAGAAGGAGGAAAAAGAAGAACUAA